CCCCAGCUAGGCGGCUAAGGAGCUGGCGGAGCACGGCCACUAGCACCUCGAUCCCCAGCUCCUACCCCGCCCUCCCCGUGGCCCAGCAGCAGGAGGGGGAAAGCCAAACCCAACCCUCAUCCUCCAGCCCUCCUCCCCGCGUGCACUUGGGAUCGCACCUUCUAGAGUCUUAACUCAGUUCUGGAGGACCAACAUCCCCCGGAUCUGCAUUCGGGAGGUCUCUGCUCCCGAGAUGCGAGCGCCUGGGACCAGCCCGCCCUGUGCGGAGUUCCAGCCGCAGCCGGGAGCGCAAACCCGAGUCUGCUUGCCUGACUAAUCCCGAGGACACAAAAGAAUCCUGUAUAUACAGAAAAUGCUUAAAGAUUUGCUUAUAGCGGUUAUUUACAAGAGUGAGCAGAGAGAGAGAGAGAGAGAGAGAGAGGAUUCCUCCGGUUCUGAUCAAAAGUUUUCUCUGGGAUCCCAGACCUCAGACACAAAUCUAGGAGGACACGUGUGGAGGAAAGGAGCCACAGGUUCGGGCAGGUGCAUAGACGGGCUAUGGUGAAAGGAAGAUGUUGGCCAGGAAGAGCAUCAUCCCGGAGGAGUAUGUGCUGGCGCGCAUCGCAGCGGAGAACCUGCGCAAACCGCGCAUCCGCGACCGUCUCCCCAAAGCCCGCUUCAUCGCCAAGAGCGGAGCCUGCAACCUGGCACACAAGAACAUCCGAGAGCAAGGUCGCUUCCUGCAGGACAUCUUCACCACCUUGGUAGACCUGAAGUGGCGUCACACGCUGGUCAUCUUCACCAUGUCCUUCCUCUGCAGCUGGCUGCUCUUCGCUAUCAUGUGGUGGCUGGUGGCCUUCGCCCACGGGGACAUCUACGCUUACAUGGAGAAAGGCACCAUGGAGAAGAGCGGCCUGGAGUCCGCUGUCUGUGUGACCAAUGUCAGGUCAUUCACGUCUGCGUUUCUCUUCUCCAUUGAGGUUCAAGUGACCAUUGGGUUUGGAGGGAGAAUGAUGACUGAGGAAUGCCCUCUGGCCAUCACGGUUUUGAUUCUGCAGAACAUUGUGGGUCUGAUCAUCAACGCGGUCAUGUUGGGCUGCAUCUUCAUGAAGACGGCGCAGGCCCACAGAAGGGCAGAGACGCUGAUUUUCAGCCGCCAUGCUGUGAUUGCCGUCCGCAAUGGCAAGCUGUGCUUCAUGUUCCGUGUGGGUGACCUGAGGAAGAGCAUGAUCAUUAGCGCCUCGGUGCGCAUCCAGGUGGUCAAGAAAACCACGACGCCAGAAGGGGAGGUGGUGCCUAUUCAUCAGCAGGACAUUCCUGUUGAUAAUCCCAUCGAGAGCAAUAAUAUCUUCCUAGUGGCCCCAUUGAUCAUCUGCCACGUGAUUGACAAGCGUAGCCCCCUGUAUGAUAUCUCAGCAACUGACCUUGCCAAUCAAGACCUGGAGGUCAUAGUGAUUCUCGAGGGCGUGGUAGAAACCACAGGCAUCACCACACAAGCGCGGACCUCCUACAUUGCGGAGGAGAUCCAGUGGGGACACCGCUUCGUGUCAAUUGUGACUGAGGAGGAGGGCGUGUACUCUGUGGACUAUUCCAAAUUUGGUAAUACGGUGAGAGUGGCUGCGCCAAGAUGCAGUGCCCGGGAGCUGGAUGAGAAGCCUUCCAUCCUGAUUCAGACCCUCCAAAAGAGUGAACUGUCGCACCAGAAUUCUCUGCGGAAGCGCAACUCCAUGAGGAGAAACAACUCCAUGAGGAGAAACAACUCCAUCCGGAGGAAUAACUCUUCCCUCAUGGUGCCCAAGGUGCAGUUCAUGACUCCAGAAGGAAACCAGUGUCCGUCAGAAUCAUGAGGGCAGGAUGGCCGGAGACAGUUACUUGUUGAGUCCUGAUGACUGAGAGACAAUCCUGAGACAGUCCAUUGAGUUCCGAUGAUCAAAAUAUUGCACCCAUCACCAAGUCAGGGCUGGAACACAGUAUUCCUAUCCUAAUGCACUGAGAAAUAUUCAUAUUUGAGACAUUAAACUUCCCGUAUUAAUAAACAAUAGCACACAAA